GUCCUCCAGGUCAUGAAGACAUCCUUCUUUCUCUUUGUUCUUCUCUUCUUUCUGGACUCAGCCAAGAAUGCUUUCUUCGAUGAGAAAUGCAGCAAGCUUAACGGGAGAUGCACUGGUUACUGUCUGAAAAAUGAAGAACUUACUUCUCUCUGUCGGAAGUCUCUGAAGUGCUGUGUGACAGUCCAGCCAUGCGAAAGGAGCAAAGGCAACGAUUCAGCUACAUAG